CUUAGGGAACGUAACGUGAGCAUUUUAGAUACCAAGUUGACGAGAUAAGAUAUCGAAGCUUUUAAUGAGCUUUCAUUUAUGUAGGGGGUUUGUUGUCCGUUUAGAUCACAUUAAACUAGACCUGCUGUGUAUGUUCAUGGAGUAAGUAUUGGUGUGGUGUCCCACAGUUGGUACCUCGUAACGUCCGUGCAGUUCUCUUCUCCUUCCGAACAAUGAAGUCCGUGGUGCUGUGCGUGCUGGUGGUGGUGGCGGUGGCCGCGGCGGCUCCGCAGCGCGAGGGCGCCGCCUACACGCGCGAGGCCAUCAAGCAGGCGCAGAACACACACCUCAUCCCCAAGGAUGCUGAGAUCCAGAAGGUACAAGAAGGCAUCGAGCUGGCGGCAUACGAGUCGAUCCCCGUGAACCAGAGGAUCAACCUGUACGAGAUCCUGGGCGACCAGGUCCCGUCCGAGGUCAUCAACAACCUGCAGAGCCAGAUCGACCAGGUCGGCCGCGAGUAACACCGCCUUGUUAUUUGUUCUUCGGGGCGCCAGUAGCGGAACUCAUCAGCAGGAACAAAUGCGCAAA